CGGGGUUAAUUGGGGUCAGUCAGGUGAGUCGCUCGUGUUCACCAAAAUGGCCAGCGAUCAGGUAAGCCUGUAAAUCCCGCCCUGGGCCGCGCGCAGGAUGGUGUCCGUCUGUAGCCUCUUUGGUGGAGCUCUCUAGCGCCAGAGGUUUUUACACGAACCAUGAGGGCGACCCGCAGCAAACAGAGCCUCCUGCGGGUCUGCGUGCUCACCUCUUUUAUUUACCUGCUGUGUUCCACCUGCGCCGGACACGGAGUCAUGCCCGGGAACAAGAUGUCCUCCCGGCCCACGCUGAGGCGCAGCCGCCGGGGUCAGCAGAGCGCGAGGCUUAAAGGCGCGCAGCAGCAGCAGCAUCACCGGCCCUUAACGGAAGAGCAGAAAGCAGACCAGAACCUGCAGUUCAUGCUGAGUCUGUACCGGAGCGCUGCAGAACCGGACGGCAGGCCGAAGCAGCACCGGAAGUUCGGCUCCAACACAGUGCGUCUGCUGAGGCCAACAGCGUCCACAGUGCACUACCUGCCUGCUUCAAGAGAUCAUCACUACAGCUUCACGGUGCAGUACAACCUCGACACGCUUCCCUCGGAGCAGCUGAUCCGAGCCUCAUUCAUCCACCUCCGCUCUCCAUUUUCCACCUCCUCAUCCUCCACAACCUCCAGCACCCAGGUCCCCUCACCUCCACGCUGCAGGGCUCAGAUCACCUCGCUGGGCAGGGAGAACUUAGCCACCCUGGAGCCCCACGAGCAGUGGACAGAGACGGACAUAACCGCACACGUCCAGCAGGGGAAGAACCAGGACACCGGGGGACAUUUAACCCUCACAGCCCUGUACUGGUGCACAGAGCCUGGGCACGCUGAUGAGGACAGCGGCCUCUCCACUUGGUGGACUCACGGGAGAAAAAGAUGGAGAGGUGAGCCUCAUGUUGAGGUCCCAUCUCUGCUUUUAUACCUGGAGAAGGAGCGGGAGGUGGGGGAUUGGAUUGGAGACUUGUUAGGGGGUGAGGGGGAAAACGUCAUGAGGCAAGCACCGCGGCAUCCUCCAUACCGGCGUGGACGUCGACGUCGCUCCAAAGAGUCUUCAGAACCAAAAGACCCUUCACUUGAUGCUCUGAAAAACGCCCCACCUUCCUCCUCUUUGUCGUUCUCCACCUCUUCCUCCGCCUCCAUCCUCUCCGAAAUCCCCAACUACAAACACAAAACCAGCACGCCUAAAAACCGCUGCAAGCUCCACUCGUUCCGCCUCUCCUUCGACGAGCUGGGCUGGGGCCACUACUUCAUCGCGCCGCCGGUGUACAACCCCCGCUUCUGCAAGGGGAACUGCCCGAGGGUGCUCCACUACGGCUACCACUCCCCGCACCACGCCAUCAUCCAGACCGUCAUCAACGACCUGGGCGUGGGCGAAGUCCCGCCGCCGUCCUGCGUGCCGUACAAGUACAUGCCCAUGAGCGUGCUGGUGAUGGACAAGAAGAAGGUGGAGUACAGGGAGAUGGAGGACAUGGUGGCUGAGUCGUGCACGUGCCGUUAAAGACUCUUGACUUGAGGAAAGAGACGUAAGGGGGGCAGAUUUGACGGGUGUCUGAUCUACGGCUUAGAGGAAAACCACAAUGAGCUGGAGACUGAAGGAGGACGCUUCUUGUGGUUUCAGAUCUUCACUGUGUGUCUGUGAAAGCACUUUAAAACCAGGACUUCGAGGAACUAUGGGUUCUGCAGACGGAGAGAUGUUUGUUCUGUGAGCUGUUGAAAGCACUGUACAGAUUGUUACAUGUUCUUGUUGCUAAUGUUUUGACGUAUGUACCUUUUACGGCUAAUAUCAGAGCUAACGUAAUAUUUAAGCCAAAGCUAACUUAACGAAUAUCUAAAUCAGGUUAAAUUCACUUUGUGAGUAACUUGGGGAAAAGAACUGAACAUCACGGGUCACUUUAAGGAUUCAAGAUUCACCUCAACGAAAGAAACAGAAAAAUAAACGACCAAUUUAAACCUCAAUCAGUGGAAUUAAGACAUUAGAAAUCUUAAUUCUGACAUGGGAAGCAUACCCAUUCAAUCAAGGUUUCUGUCCUCUGUCUGUCUGUGUAUUCAUUAUUUUUUCUAUCGCUAAUUAUUUUAAAAACCUGAAUUUACCAAAGUAGCUAAAAGACCAAAAACUGAAAAAAAGACCCAGUUGUCGAUUAAAAAAAGAACACUUCUGCAUGAUGUAUCUGCACUUUUUGACGCCUCAGUAUGAAAUGACAGCCGUUUUAAUGGAUAAGAAGGGUUGACCAAUUUUGACUCGACUUCAGAGGCCCUGUCUUGUCUGUUUUGUUUUGUUUUUUUGAUGUUUCCAGUAUAAAACUUUAGCAUUUUGUGUGUAUUUAUAAUGAGGUCCUAAAGUCUAUGGGGAAAAAAAGCUGCUUCUGGCUUGUUUUUGAAAAAAAACUACAAAAAAAUGGAAAAAAGAAGUAUUAUAGGAUGUGGAAAAGCACUGAAUGUUAAAGAAAGUGUUGGAAGUGUAAUCGUGGGAAAGAAUGCAAUUUUUGUUACAAGUGAAAAUCAAUAAUAAAAUAAAUGCAUGUUUUCUAAAGCCUAA